CACGUGAUCGGAUGAAUCGCAGCGCGACGCGCCCACGAACAUUCACUUGUAGCGGAGCGGAGAACCGAGCAGAACGACACAGGCGAACCGAGCACAGCAGAUGAGAGGAGAAAUGUCGACGAGGAGCUUCUCAUCCAUGUCCUGAAACACUGAUCUUGUUUCAUUGGAAUCGUUUAUAUCCGACACACCUGCGCGCGCGAACAGGUGUCUUCAUGGCGUCCUUGCUUCGCCCCGCUCUGCUCACCCUCCUCCUCUGCGGUGCGGCCGGCUCGUCCCAGCGGCCUCAGUGGCCCGUCCAGCGUGUGCCCGUGGUUUGGCCGCAGCAGACGGAAGAUCGGCCGCCGCCUCACUUCCUGCAGCCGGCUCAGCUGGAGGUGACCUCUUCCUGCGGGCCGGACUGCCACAAGCAAGCGCCUGCACCCAGCUACUGGGACCUGCGGCACUUUCUGUCCUACGAAACGCUGCAUUCCAGCGGCCAGCUGACCGAGACGGCGGUGGGCAUUUACGGAUUUGAUGCCAACAGUUUCUACAAGACGCCUGCCGUUCGCUCCAGAUCCAAACGUCAGAUCUUCGGCCACGACAGUCGCUUCAGUAUUGUUGGGCAGGACUUCCUGUUGAACUACCCCUUCUCCACAGCCGUCAAGCUGUCGACCGGAUGCUCGGGUACGUUAGUGGGCGAUCGGCACGUGCUGACGGCGGCGCACUGCGUCCACGACGGCAAGAACUAUGUGAAAGGAGCCCAGCGGCUGAGAGUGGGUUUCCUGAAACCACAGCAGAAAGAUUCAUCAGGCAGAAACGGCACCAGACCAGAUAAGAUGAAGUUCCAGUGGAUCCGAGUGAAGCGCACACACGUGCCGAAGGGCUGGAUAAAGGGCACCGCCAACGACAUUGGCAUGGAUUAUGACUACGCCCUGCUGGAGCUGAAGAAGGCACACAAACGGAGGCACAUGAAGCUGGGCAUCAGCCCCGUGGCCACGCAGCUGCCCGGUAAACGGGUGCAGUUCUCCGGGUUCGACAACGACCGGCCGGGUCAGCUGGUUUACCGCUUCUGCGAGGCCGGGGACGAAACCUACGACCUCCUGUACCAGCGCUGCGACGCUCAGCCGGGUGCCAGCGGGUCCGGAGUCUACGCCCGCAUGUGGAGCCGCCGACGCCGGCGCUGGGAGCGUAAGGUCAUCGGGAUCUUCUCCGGACACCAGUGGGUGGAUCUCAGCGGGACGCCUCAGGAGUUCAACGUGGCGGUGCGCAUCACUCCCCUCAAGUUCGCCCAGAUCUGCUACUGGAUCAAGGGAAACUAUGUGGACUGUAGAGAAGGUUGAGGAGCCGCCGACAGCUUUGCUUUCACUUUAUUAGCACAUAAGAUACUCUUAUUUCAUGCAGGAGAGUUGCACAGUCCAGCAAUACACAAGAACAAUCAUUAACUAACGAACUCUUUGGCUUAAAACACUUUAAGACACUUGUUUAGCCAAACAAUACAUAUUGUACAAAAGUAAGGAAGGUUGUGCCAAAAAAAUCUUUCUUCAUUGAUGCCCAUUUAAACAUAGCAAAGUAAUGUUUUAUGAGUGCCUGAUUUUUAUCUGAAGGCUCUUAAAGACAAAAGGGACCAACUUUAUAUCAAGUGUCUUUAACUACUAUGUACAUGCACUAAUCAUUUGAUACAAUUAUUGUGUAUGUUUUACAUUGUACUUCUGCAUAUUCAUUUAUCCCACCCUUAAACCUUCCCAUACCACCAAACCUGUCCUAACCUCACCCGUAUCCCACCUUGAUAGCAGCACAAGUGUUUGCAAUACAACAUCAACACAGUAAGCACAUUGAACCUAACAAUUAUCUUUUAUGAAAGUACAGUUAAAGACAGCUGAUAUAUAGUGUGACCAUUACAGGAAUUAUCAGAGCUCAGGAGACUGAAGGACUGAAGCAGCUGCCACAGAUUCUGUCGACUCUUCUCGUUUUCUCUAAUGUACUGAAGUCUGAAUGCAUACCUAAUGUCUGAGAACUACUGUAUGAGACACUGCUUUACAACCGUUUGUUUCCCUCUAGUGGUGAGAGACAGAACUGCAGAUAUCCACACUCACUGUAAAUCAGUGGAUAUCAGCUCCUGAUCGGCACUUUGACAUUUAUUCAUUCUAUGGCACUAAUCAUUGAGAUUUUAAAUGCCCUCUGUUACAAAACAUUAAAAGCUUUUGCAAAAAAUA